GGGAGGUGAGUCAGUCACCUUGAGCAGGGAGUGUGCUGUGGGCCGAGCAGGGGCUGCAGGGGAGUGGGAGUGCAGAUUGAAAAAUGCAGACCACCAAGGCACUGCUCAUUUCUCCAGCUCUGAUUCGCUCCUGUACCAGGGGUCUAAUCAGGCCUGUGUCUGCCUCCCUCCUGAGCAGACCAGAGGCCCCAUCUAAGCAGCCUUCCUGCAGCAGCUCCCCUCUCCAGGUGGCCCGACGGGAAUUCCAGACCAGUGUCAUUUCCCGGGACAUCGACACAGCAGCCAAGUUCAUUGGUGCUGGGGCCGCCACAGUUGGUGUGGCUGGAUCAGGAGCUGGCAUUGGCACAGUGUUUGGUAGCUUGAUUAUUGGCUAUGCCAGGAACCCAUCUCUCAAGCAGCAGCUCUUCUCCUAUGCCAUUCUGGGGUUUGCCCUGUCUGAGGCCAUGGGACUCUUCUGUUUGAUGGUCGCCUUCCUCAUCCUCUUCGCCAUGUGAGGCUCCCUGGGGUCACCCAGCCGUCCCUGCUGCUUUGACUCCAUGCCAGUCCUGGUGCUGGAGUCUACUGAGCUUUACCAUUAAACAACAACAACAACAACAACAACGUUUCUCUAAACCAUGUGCCUGUGCCUGUCUUUCUACCCCGGGGGUAGGCGGCGUCUUUGGAAUGGUGAGAAGUGACACUUGGGUCAGCCUUGGUGAUAAGGCAGAGUGUGGAAGGGUCCCACCGUCUCCCAGGAGGAUAUGAAAUAGCCUGGGUAAUGAUGUUGGUGCUUUGUCACUUUCAAGUUUAGCAUACUGACAGGUGC